AAUGUGUUCAGAAAAAAUAAAGGUUUUAUGCAUAAUUUGUUUAAUGUCCAAUCCGAUCAACCUAUUAUAUAUUAAUUAUAGAUUUGUUCCAUAAUUGUUAAUAAAAAUUGAUCGGAUCCAUCGGAAAGAAAUUAUAUAAUAACAACAAAAAAUAUUGUAUAUGUAUAAUAAAAUGAUCAAAUAUAUAAAAUAAAUUAUCGAUAAUAUAUACAAAUAAACUCACCCUGCGCAAGGCGCAUGUCUUAUCCUAGUGAGUAUAUAAGAUGAAUGUGUUAAUCGACCUUAAUUACACAAAGUUGACAAUAUUCUCACAAUUGUUUACAAUGGCUUAUAUUUCUCUUAUGAGCUUCAAUGUGUGCAGUAUUACUUUUGGUUUUGGUUUCGUUUUCGUUGGGAUCUCUUCGAAAAUUCCCAGCGGAUUUUUUUCCGUCGGAGACCCCGUCGAGAAUCACUUUGUUUUUUUUUUUGGAGUAUAUUUAAAACUCUAAAUUUAAUCUAGAUAUAAUGGCCAACAACCAGUUUCCCUGGAGCAUUUAAUUUGUGUUAUUAGUUACCCUCAUUGAUGACAAAUCCAUAAUCAAUUUCGUACUUACUCUAUAUUUAUCUUAAUGGAAUCAACUACUAAUACUCCAAGAUAAAGGACAGAUAUGGAGACCUGCACGUCAAAUCCAUGAUCAAAUAGUAUGUCCAUGGGUUUGAUCGGUAGUAAGAACUCUAUACAUUAAUAAUGUUGGGAUUAUUAUAUUUUUUUAAUUUUUAGAGUUAUUAAUUUAUAAAAAAAAAAUUUGUUUAUAGAUUUUUUCUGUUUUUAAAUAUUUUUAUUUAUAAAAUACGAAAAUAGUUGAUAUUACUGUGUAUACAUUAAUAAAUUUUAGAAAUUAGACUUUCAUAUUGUAUUACUAUAUUUUUUGGUGUAUAUUUUUAUGUUUCAUAUAAUCUAACUAACUAUUAUCAAAAUUUAUUGAAAUUUUAAAAAAAUAAAGAUAAUUUCAUUAUGAAUGUAAAACCAACAAUAUAAUUUUAGUUUGUACUUAUAUAAAAUGUAUAUAUAGAUAAAUUGUUAAUUUAUGAUUUUAAUGAGACCAUAUAUUUACAUAAAACAUUCUAAACAAUUAUUAUUUUAUUAAUUUAUCGAUAUGUGUCAUAUUUUGAAUUGGUCUAACUCAGAACCAAAGAAAUUUAUUAAUUUAUAAAAAAAACUAUUAAUUUAUAGACUUUCUACUGUACUUGGGACUAACAUGGAGUAAAAAAAGAUGAAUGAGAAAAGUUACCAAAAAAAGAGAAACAGUAGAGUAAAUUUUUUUACUCUAACUAAACUCAAAGUAAAAUUGUGUGUUUGUUCUUUUAAAAAUAGUAACUGGAAUAAAUAGGUGAAAUAGUAUUUCACUUGACUGAUAAUUUUCUAGUGGAAUUUGGAAUAAUAUAAAGUUUAAAGAAAAUUUUUACUCUUUAGUAAACCAUACGAUCACAGUCUAUAUAAACCGAAGGUAUCAAAAAUUGAAAUUUAAAACCAUAUAGACUAAUUGUACUAGUCAUAAAUAAACGUUAAAUUAAAUCGGUUAUACUAGUUAACCAAAAUUAUCCAAAAAUAUAAUCAAUCAACAAUAAUAAUAUUCAGUCUGGAAUUUUGGAUAAUACAUAAUUGAAUGAUUUCCUUACUUAUGCAUAGGAUCUUCCAAGUAUAUUGCAGUUUUUGUAUUAAGUGUUUUGUCAAUAACUGCAACUAUUAGUACCAAAUUUUUCAGGAAAGACCUAACGUGGAAAACGUGAGGUUGGGACAGGUUAGUUGAAACUUGAAAGAAAUCAAAUUACUGAUGGACACGUGACAGACAAAGCCCAAGAAACUUGGUAAUAAAUAUAGUUUUAUUGUGCUCAAUGAAUAUCCAAACGAACAUUUAUUUGUUUGAACAUAUGGGGUAGGGCCUAAUGUGGGGACCCAAAAUAAAUUCUAAAAAAAGACCAAAAUUUUCAAAUGAAAUGAAGUCUUUUGUCGGCAAGCUGUGAAAUGAGUUUGGUACUAUUUUCACAUCUCUUUUUUUUACUAGAAGGGCUAGUAUCUCGCAUUUAAUUAUGGAAAAAUUGACAAAAAUGAUUUAAAACUUAAUUUUGAAUACAAAAAAAUACUUUAAAUUCAAUCAAAUACAAAAGUAACCUAAAAACUAGUACAAUUACAACAAUUUCAUUAUGACUAAACAAAAAACAUGUAUUGAGUUUUACCAUUAUAAUCAUCCGCGUAAGAAUAUUUACAAAUAGAUCUUUUUAGAGAAGAUUUUUUUGUAAGUCUUUUCGUUCAGUAGAUCUUAAAAAUAACUUAAAUUUUUUAUUAAAAAUAUUUUGAUUAGAAAAAUUAUUGAAAUCAUGUAAUAAUAAACAUUCUAAAUGAUGUAAAUUUAUUUUUACUAAAAUUAAAUUAUUUUCAACAUAGAUGAGUGAAAGUAGAUUAACUCAUGACAGUCCUUGGUUUAGGGUUUGAUAACAUAUAUUAUAAUAUUGUUUGUAUAUUUAGGAUUGGAUUUUGAAAUCUUAUCUUUUGUUGUAUUAAAUUUUUUUGACCUAUAGGUGUUUAGUGAUUAUCUAAUAACUUGAUUUAAACACUUUCUAAAUAUCUUAAAAGUUUAAGGAAGUGUUUUUUUUUUAGUUAUUUGAUUAUAGAGUCUGGAAGACUCACAGAAGACUUCCCAAGAAGUCUUCCGACAUAUCCCACCUAAAUUUUAGUAGAAUUUAAGAUUCCUGCCUAUAUUUUAGAAGAAUUUAGGUUUUCCGCCUAAAUUGAAGUUUUCCAGAAAUCUUCUAGAAGUCUUCUAUGGGAAGUCUUCUCAUGUAUUAAAUCUUAAAAGUAAUUAAUAAAUUUUAUAAAAACUAUUUUGAAAGAGAAAAAAAUCCAAAUCAUGUAUUAAUAAACAUUUCUAAAUUAUGGAAAUUUAGUUUUACUAAAAUUAAAUUAUUUUUAACAUAGAUGAAUGGAUGUAGAUUGAGUCAUGAUAGAGCCUUCAGUUUAAGGUUUGGUAACAUAUGUUAUAGUAAUGUUGGUAUGUUUAGGGUUAGAUUUUGAAAUAUUUACUUUUUAAUUUUUUUUAGUUUGACAUAUAUGUGUUUAGUGACUAUCUAAUUACUUGAUUUAAACACUUUCUAAGUUUCUUUUAAGUUUAAGAAAGUAUUUUUGCUUAGUUAUUUGAUUAUAGGGUCUGGAAGACUCCAAUAAGACUUUGAUUUAGGGGUUAGUAACAUAUGUUAUAGUAUUGUUUGUAUUUGGGGUUUAAUUUUAGAGUCUUAACUUUAAAAAAAAUUUGAUCUAUAUGUGUUUAGUUGUGUGUAUAUUAAAUGCUUUAUAAGUUGAUUUUAAGUUUAAUGAAUUGUUUUUUUGCUAUCUAGUUAGUUAUUUUAUUAGGUUAUGGUUUGAAAAACUUCUAGAAGAAAGUCUUCUAACAUAUUUCUGCCUAAAUUUUAGUAGAAUUUAGGUUUCCCGCCUUAAGCGAAGUCUUCCAGAAAUCUUUCAUAAGUCUUCUCAUGUAUUUGAUUUUAGGGCCUAGAAGAUUCCACAAGAAGUCUUUUCUUAGAAGACUUCACAAGAAGUCUUAUGUAUAGAAAAUAUUUAACCUAACAUGAAUUUUUGUCUCCAUAUAUAAAGAAAAUUUACACAUUCUCUUUCUUCUUCUCAAAUGGCUGCAACAAAAUUAUAAUGUUUCUCACUCUAACUCUCCAACCUUUCUCUAAUCUCUUUGAACAUCAAAACACCAAACUUUAAAUCUAUUUCUCAUAUUUUUUUUAUGUCUUCUCACUAAUUUAUUUUCUUUUUGCAAAUUUUUCAUUACAUGGUUCUCAUCUUUCACUCAUUCAAAGGUAGAUCUAUAAAUUUUGGACAUGUAUUAUUGUGUGCUUUAUAUAUUAGAUUCUAAAAUGUUAUAGAUUCAACUUAAUGUGACUGUUUCGUUUAUUAUUUAAGCAUAAAAUGAUAUUUUUGAAGUUUUUCUCUAUUUUUAAGCCAUUUGAAUAUUUUUGAAUUUGCAGGUUUUUCAGAUCUGAGACAGAUUUUGAAAGACUUCUAAGAAGACUUUCGGACGACUUCUCAGAAUACUUUUGGCAAGUGUUCUAAUGCAUUUUAUGCCAGAAGACUUCCCAUGAAAUCUUCAGGAAGUCUUCUUCCCAAAGUGGUACAAAUUUUAGAUAUAUAUUUUGUGUGUGUUUAUAUAUUAGAUUCUAAAAAUUUAUAGAUUCAACCUAAUUUGAUUGUUUUGUUUAUUAUUUAAGCAUAAAAAAUUAUUUUUGAAGUUUUCUCUGUUGUGAAACCAUUUGAAUGUUUUUGAAUAUGCAGAUUUUUCAGAUCUGAGUCAGACUUUGGAAAACUUCCGAGAAGACUCUUAGAAUACUCUUGGAAGACUCUUGGAAGACUCUCGGAAGACUUCUUGGGAAGUCUUCUAAUGUAUUUUAUGCUAGACGACUUCCCGCGAAGUCUUCGGGAAGUCUUCUGAAAUCUUCUGCCCGAGGUGGUACAAAGGAAUGAUGUCCAGUAGAGUCCAAGCUUAUAUAUAUGGAGGAAUUAUGUCUAGCUCCAUGUGAAAUAGUUUUGUUAUGGUCUGUUUUAUGAUUUGUAUGUGUUUUAUUUUAGGUGUGAAUUCUUUUGUAAACUUGAAGAGAUGUUAAUCGAAAGAAUUUGGUAUAUAUUUUCAUGUUUUUCCCCAAGUACUUGACAUUCAACAUACCAAGAAUUUUUUUUAAACCAUUCUACCCACUCAUAACAAAACAUAAUAACACAAAAGCUUAGUCAAAUUUACUAAAACUAAGAGAGAAGACUUCACAAGAAAACUUAGUCAAAUUCACAAAAGAUCAAACUUUAAUUUUAAGUGAAAGUUGAAAUUUUAAAUCUCAUGUAAGUUCAAAAUUAUACCUUAUAAUCUUACGAGACACAUUAAACCACAUGAUUUGAUAUUCUUGAAGUUACUUAACACUUUUGAAAGUUAAAAGCAUACCUUGAAGUUACUUAACACUCUUCAAAACCUUACAUAGAAGACUUCUCCAGAAGUCAUCUUCUCGGAUUAGCUAGAAAUAUUAGUAAACAUAAAUAUUUGAAAUCUCAUAAUUAUCACCAAAUAAGUUAUGAAUUUCAUCAAGGAGCCUCAAUAUUGACUAAUACACAUGAAUUAAUAAGAAAAUAUUAAAAAACCAUUUUAACUGUGGAAAAAAUGAAAAUUUAUUAAAAAUUGACGUAGAAGACUUCUCCGAGAAGACUUCUUAAGAAGUCUUCUAUUUAGGUCAUUUUUACAAUUGCAAAUUUACAAAGAAAGACUUCUUAAGAAGUCUACUCUACAGAAGACAUCUUGAGAAGUCUUCUUUCGUAAAUAUUGGCUUAAUUUUGAAUUUGAAAAGUUCUCAAAAAUGCCAGAGAAGACUGAAAAGUUCUCAAGAAGUCUUCUCGGAUAAACAUGCUAGUUUUACAAUUGACUGAAGUUUGUCAAAAACUUGACAUUUUUUAAAAGACUUCUAGAAAAAUCUUCUCGGAGAAGACUUCUAUAGAAGUUUUCUCAAUCUCGUAAGAAGUCUACCUGGAAUACUUUUGCAAUUGACUAUAUCUGACUUUUCCAAAGAAGACUUCUAUAGAAGUCUUCUCAUUAAUAUUAAAUGUUUCAGUAUUAUUUUUCAAUUGCAUAAGUAACCCACACAGACUUCUUACGUGAGAAGAUUUCGGGAAAACUUUCAAAAGACUUCUAAGAAGGGUUUUCCGAGAAGUCUUCUAUAAAAAGUCAAAUUUAUGACAAACUUUGGUCAAUUGCAAAACUAACAUAUUUUUCCGAGAAGUCUUCUCUGGGAUUUUCGUUUUUUUUUUAAUAAAGAAAAGUUAGAAGACUUCAAGGUAAGUCUUCUUGAUGGAGAACACAUCUAGCAAAGUCUUCUGAACGUCCUCCUGAGGUCUUUUGAAAGUCUUUUCGAACAAAUCUGAGAAAAAAAAUGAUUCCAUAUCUUGAGCUUGCGAGUUUACUUGUUUUGCUUCUUAAAGUACCCAGAACUUCAUUACGAAAAGCUACCAAGUCGUUAAUGACCAUGAAUCAUGAGCUUCAAUAUCUCUAUGAACCUUACAAAGCUUGGAAUCAAAAUCUUAGUUUUUUAGUUGAAUUUGAAAAGAAAGUGAAAGAGAUGUGAUUUGUGUGCAUAAGUAAUAAAAUAUGAAGAGUAAAAAUUGAAACUUUGGUGCAUUAAGAGCUUUAAAUUGGUUGUUUAUGGUGGUUAGUGUAUUGAUGACAAUGAUAAUAUUGUAAAUACUUGGUGAAGUUGAGGAUGAUAAUGUAAAAGAAUCAUUUGCAAGAAAAAGAGAAAACAAAAAUGUAAUUGCAUUUUCGUGAAUAACUCAAACUUUUUGGGUGAAUAGGGAAAAAAAAUUUCAAAAAAACAUGGGUUAUUUUUGUGUUUGACUUAAAAAUUUAGGUCAUAUUUGAGAAAGACCCUUUAGUUAUAUUAUACUCAUUUAGUCAUUUUGUUUUAUAAUAAGUGUCACUUUAGGUUUUUUAUUUUGUUUCAAAAUAAGUGUCAUUUUACAUUUUCAAUGUAAAUUUGUACAUUCAAUCUACUUUUUAUCCUUUUGAAUAACCAAUAGAUUUUUAUUUAAAUCAUUCUCAUUUAAUUAAUCAUACAUUAAAUAGAAAUAUAUUAGUCUACUAUACAUUUUUCUUAAUUUACGUGAAAAUGUCAAAAUGACACUUAUAAUGAAAGAGAUGGAGUAUUGCGAAAGUAUAUUCAACAACUUUGUAUUCACUAUUCCGAACAACAAAAAAUCUAGUAAUAGUGAAUUUGUAGAUGUUCAACAGCAUUAGAGUCGUUGAUUCUUGAUAGCUGUUGACCCAAAAAAUCUACUAAUUAGUUGAUUCCUGAUAGCUUGUAUAUUCAACGACUUUGUAUUCACUAUUUCGAACAACAAAAAACUAAUAAUUGCGAAAGUCGUGUAGGACCAUCUCCAUUAAUCAAUUUCCACUUUGGACUUCUUACAAAAAAAUGUAGUUCUAUAAAGAGGGGACAAAACAACAGAUCAUUUGUGACUAAGCUCAAGGUUUUAUUCAGCUUUGACUCGCCCAUACACAUUUCUUCAUUUUUCUCCCAAGAGUGAGUAAAUUCGAAAGUAAUAAUUUGCCCCUCCUAAACUAGAUAAUAUCAUAGCUUCCUCAAUUGCUUCACUGAAUUUGUUCUAAAAGUUCAGGUUUUGGAAUAUGGAUUUUAACCAGCCGAGAGAGAUGUAUCCAGGGAUGUGGCGGUAUCCUAUGAAUCCCGACCUUUGUUGUAUCUACAGAGUCCCGAACCGUCUACGUGAAGUAAAUCCAGAACCCUACACGCCUCAAAUAGUCCUCAUUGGACCUCUUCACCAUUCAGUAAAAUCUCAAGCUCUCAAGGCUCUUUAUCUUGGAGAUGAUAUCACAUACACAAAGUCAAUGGCCUACUUAGACAUGGAAGAGCAUAAGAAGACUUACCUAGCAGAAUUCGCAGCAAGGAUGGAAGGGGAAACCACCAUUGAUGAAUUAAGGAGAAUGAUCAAAGAAGAGGAAGAGACAAUCAGAGCAAGCUAUCAAGAAUCAACGGCAUGGAUUCAAUCCUCAGAAUUCGUGGAGAUGGUCCUACACGACUCUGUUUUCAUUAUAGAGUUCAUACUGAGGUUUAGCGGAGUAGUAGAGAAGAAAGGAGAUCCUCUUUUGGCCGGUCUAUCUCUUGGAAUCACAGUCUAUCAUGAUCUCAUCUUGCUCGAGAACCAGCUUCCUUUUUUUAUCAUGGAUAAACUCUUCAAUCCAAUCGUCAGAAGAAUCUGGCCUCACCUUACAUUACGGGACCUGAUCAUCAGUUUCUUCGGAUUCCAAGGUAAAAUCAGAAGGGAUUCCAAAUUUAGACAUUUCACUGAUUUGACCAGGUGUGUUCGCGUGGAGACACUUCCUAACCUUGAUGUUUGGAAAUCCAAACCCAUAGAGCAUAUGUAUAAUGCGGAGAAGCUAGAUAGUGGGGGAGUAAAAUUUAAGGCAGUAGGAGAUGAUUUAUCAUUAUGUGUGAGCUUCAAGAAUGGUUGUUUGAAGAUUCCUUGUCUGACGGUUGAUGACAGCCUUGAGAUGAAACUGAGAAACAUAAUGGCUCUUGAGCAGUGCCAUUACCCUAACAACGCCCACGUAUGUAGCUAUGCCUUAUUCCUAGAUUAUCUAAUUGACACUGAUAAAGACGUUGACUUGCUUCUCGAGAAAGGAAUACUAAAAAGUUGGAUUAGGCAACCCGCUAAAGUUGCGCAGAUGGUGAACAAGCUCGUGACAGGCAUCGUAGAUCCUGGUUCUUACUAUUAUGAUGUAGCGGGUGAAGUGAACGAGUACUAUAGAAACCCAGUGAAUAGGUCAAAGGCCAUCCUCAAGCGUGUGUAUUUUGGUAACCCGUGGACAGGGACAGCCACCAUCGCAGCUAUGUUUCUAUUAGUGAUGACACUUAUUCAGACUUGGGCAUCAAUAGCUCAGGUUCAGCAGAACAAACCUUAGAGAUGCUGUUGCAUCUCUAUCUCUAUCUCUAGGUCAUUUCCACUUUCCAACUUUGUCGUGGGUACUACGUUAUUUCUAAAUAAUCUUGCAGAUUAAUAAUAUUCUACAUCUGUAUUUUCUAGCUCUCUUUUAUGAUAGUUAAUCUGUGUCCUGAAGCUAUUAUGACAUUGGUAUAAGACUUGUUAUGAUAAGGUUUUAGAUGAUAUUGAAAAUUUUGGCACUACGACAUGAGAUCUUUUAAAAAAAAGAACAGAGUACUCUUUCCAUUUUAAAAUAAUACAUGUUUAAAGAUUUUCAAGCUUAUUAAUAAAACAUAGUAAAAAUUAGUUAUUAAUGCAUAGUUUUUUUGUAAUUUUAUAGUUUCUAUAUUUCUAAACCAAUAAGACUUCAAGAAAUGUAAUUAAUGUUCUUGAAAUUCAUAAUUUUUUAUUAUUAGUUGACAAAAAAUGCAUUGAAAAAAUAAAAAUAAUCUUUUUGAAACAAUCUUUUUCUAGAAUAUAUAUCUUU